AUGUCGGAUCCAUCCAAGUACACCAUCGGUUGGAUAUGUGCUCUCACCGUGGAAUAUGUCGCGGCGCAAGUCUUCCUCGACGAAACCCACGAACCGCCUGUAGCCAUAUCUGCCCAUGAUAACAACAACUACACGCUUGGCCGAAUGGGCAAACACAACAUCGUCGUUGCAGUAUUACCUGACGGUGAAUACGGUCUCUCCUCCGCGGCCGCAGUCGCACGAGAUUUGCUACACUCCUUCCCCAACGUCCGCAUUGGUCUUCUGGUUGGCGUUUGCGGUGGUGCGCCGACUCCCCAGAAUGACAUUCGUCUAGGCGAUGUCGUAGUCAGCUCUCCUCGCAACGGUGAAGGCGGUGUCCUGCAGUACGAUUUCGGCAAGUCAAUCCAAAGUCAAGAAUUUACAUUGACUGGCUACCUUAAUAAGCCGCCUGCGGUUCUUCUAGCAGCUGUGAGCGGAUUGAGGGCCGAAUUUGAACAGAAUGGAACCAAUUUUGACCAUAUUAUCGAUGCUGCUCUCGCAAACAAGACACGGUUAAGGAGAAAAUAUAGCCGACCUUCUCCCUUAAAGGACAGGCUGUUUCAUAGCCAUGUUAUCUUUGAUGCAAGCGGUUCGCCGGCGAAAGCAAGCCCAGAACAGUUGGUUCCACGAUUGAAGCGUUCUGAAGAUGACGACAAUCCAGCCAUCCACUAUGGAUUGAUUGCGUCCGCCAAUAACCUGAUGAAGGAUGCAGUUAUUCGAGACAAGUUUGCAUCAGAUAAAAAGGUUCUGUGCUUCGAAAUGGAGGCUGCCGGGCUAAUGAACCACUUCCCAUGUCUCGUCAUCCGAGGAAUCUGUGACUAUUCAGACUCGCACAAAAAUGAUGACUGGCAAGGAUACGCAGCAAUGACGGCAGCUGCAUACGCAAAAGCUUUAGUGUGCAAGAUACAUCGAACCAGACUAGAGAAUGAGAAAAAAGCUACAGAAAUCGAUCGCAUUCUCGAAAGCAUGAAUCAGCAAGUUAAUGAGAUAAGAGACCAUAUCGACUUGAGCAAAAUCAACGAAUUAUCAAUUGCUGAAGGCACUGAGUAUGACGCUCAUCAAAAUCAGCAUGAGCCUAAUUGUCAUCCAGAAACCAGGGUAGAGCUCCUUAAAGAGAUCCUCCUCUGGGCCCAGGACUCGACCGACCGACGGAUUUACUGGCUGAGCGGAAUGGCUGGCACUGGAAAAUCCACGAUCGCUCGGACAAUUGCUAAGAGUUUGGAUGACAAGAAACAGCUUGGAGGCUCGUUCUUCUUCAAAAGAGGAGAGUUUGAUCGAAGCCGAGCAUCCCUUCUCUUUAGCACAAUCGCACGGCAACUCGUUCGGCAUCGUCCAGUAAUGCUACCAUUCGUGGUGAAUGCCAUGAAAAAGACAGACAAUAUCUGCUCGAAGAGCAUGAUGGAACAGUUUCGCACACUUAUUCUCAGCCCCCUCAAGGAAAUCGAAGACAAAUUUCAAGAGAUGACAACGUCAGUACUUGUUCUGGACGCAUUAGAUGAAUGCUCGGCUGAAAAGGAUAUCGACACUUUUGUUCCCUUGCUUUCUACAUUGGCCAAAUCCGAAAAAUAUAAGAUCAAGGUCUUCGUCACAAGUAGACCAGAGAUUGCUGUCCGCCAUGCUUUCAAUCACAUCAGCAAAUUGCAUCGAGAGAUCAGGCUGCAUCAAGUGGCACAAGAAACAAUAUUUCACGACAUCAGAGUCUUCCUCAGGGAUGAGUUAGCAAUGAUAAAAGAUAAAUGGAACAACAGCCACCUAGACCGUCCUUCUCAACAACUUACCGCGAGUUGGCCUGAGGAUGAGAAACUGGAGAUUCUAGUCCAGACCGCAGUCCCGCUAUUCAUCUUUGCUGCAACUGCUUCUCGUUUCAUCCAGGAUCACCAUUUUAGCAGCCCUGAUGAACAACUAACAACAUUUCUCCAAGCGGCGAGAAUGAGUGGCGUCAAUGACAAACUCAGCGCCACCUAUCUACCCGCCCUGUUGCAAUUCAAAGCCAACAGAACUGGACUAGAGAGAGACCGCCUACUGGGAAAUUUUCGAAGAAUCGUUGGUACAAUCAUCCUUCUCGAAGUUUCAUUACCAAGCAACUCAAUCGCCACCUUGAUAAACAUGGACGCGGAAAAGGUUGAUCGCAUGUCAAAUCUCUUAAGUUCAGUGCUUGAUAUUCCCGUCGACCCCGGUUCACCUGUCAGGCUCUUCCACCUCUCUUUUCGUGAUUUCCUCCUUAGUCCAGCAGCAGGAGACUUCAAGAUGAACUACAAGGAUACACACCGACGAAUUGCACUAGGAUGCUUGCGCUUGCUUUCGACAACAGAGGCCUUGCGAUACAAUAUGUGCUCCUUGCAUCCAGGCGAUAAACGAUCACGCUUAGACAAACAGACAAUAGAGGUGCAAUUUCCGCCUCAUGUAAAAUACUCUUGUCUUCACUGGGUUCACCACGUAGAACAGGCCGGAAUGUCUCUUAAAGACGAUGAUAAGGUUCAUCAAUUUCUUCAAAGUCACCUCCUCCACUGGUUGGAGGCUCUCAGCAUUCUAGGGGAGACUACAAGAGCGAUUGACAUGCCUCGCAAAUUGUUGAAACUGACAAAAUCUAACCAGCAUAACCUUCAUGAUUUCCUCGUGGAUGUGAUGAGCUUCGUUCCACAUCAUCACCCAAUCUUCAUGGAUAUCCCUCUUCACGUGUAUUGGGGGGCAUUGAUGUUUUCUCCUAGCAAAAGCAUCAUCAGGAAAAGGUUCAUUGGCAGCGCGCCAAUCUCUAUAGCUUUCCAGCAGCCACACAACCCGUGCUGGUCUCCUUUAGUACGCAUAUGUCGAUCGACUCACUGGGCUCCACUCACGUCUGUGGGUAUCUCUUCAGAUAUGAGCCUGAUAGCUGGAGGCUUUAAAGAUGGGCACCGUGAAGUAUGGGAGACAUCCACCGGGCUGAAUAAAAGUAUAGGUAAGGCCAGGUGUAAGGCCAGGUGUAAGGCCAGGUGUAAGGCCAGGUGGUGGGAGAGGAUAUUUUCAAUCAAAAUUUCAAGAGACCUUGCAAGUAUUGUGUCAGUUUCCCGGUACACUAUAGAGGUCCACAACGCGAGUACGGGUAAGAUUGUAUGGGCGGCAACACGAGAAACAUGGCCCAAGUAUUUUUUACACAUUGACAUAUCCCAGGAUUCUACAAUGAUUGCGUCAGCGCAUGCUGAUACAACUGUAGAUAUAUGGGAUAUAAACACAGGCAGGAUCAUUCGGUCCAUGUCUUGUAGUGAAGACAAUGAGUCGACACUGACCGCAGGGUUUGUGAGCUUUUCCUCAGAAUCCAGAUCAGUAGCAGGAUCAUUCGGGCGACACUGCUGCAUUUGGUCUGUGGACACGGGCCAAUGCAUACGAAAGCUAAAGAGCGAUAUGGACGUUGUAUGCCCGUUGUUGCUCUUCGAAAAUAUCCUAGCAAUGGCGAACCCUGAUGGAAAGGUUCAGAUACUGAACUUGGAGACGGGGCAGCAGAGGUUCAUAUGUACUUCUGGGAAAUUUGCCCAAGGGCAGACGGCUAUAUCCUGCGAUGCCAAGCUAGUAGCAUUUGCACAGCCCCCUGGAGAGCCAACAUUCAUCUCCGUGUGGUCUCUAGAAACUGGGAGACAUUAUCAGACAUUCAAAAUUGCAUCAAAUGCCCCAAACUCGUUCGACGAUUCGGAUUGGGCCUUUCGCGCGAAAAACGCCUCUUAUGCAGGGUCUGAGCCUGACAUCGACCAGAUACCGAUCUACGAAAAAAAAAGUCCACCAGGUUCGUCCUUGGUCUUUUCACAAGACGGAUAUUCCUUGGUAUAUAUUGCAGGUCAUAGCAUACAUGUCUGGUCUCUUGCUAUCUUUGACCAGCUUCCUGUUAUAUCUGAAGACGAAGCCAACGAAGUUCCUCAACUUGCAAAUGCAUUUGAUUGCUCUGUUCAGACGUUGAAGGAGGAACAAGUAUUGGUGUCAACACACGUGGACAACAAGAUCAGGUUAUGGUCUUUGGUGACAGGGAAACUCGUUAGUGUGCUCCAAGAUUUUCAAAGGCCGGAAAAAAUUGCAGUGUCUCCGAACAUGAGACAUAUAUUUACCUUAAAUUUUGACGGGCACUGCCAUAUUUGGACAAUGUCUGGAGUUCGUGAUCCUUUCUCAUACGACCCUCUGUCGAUUAGGGAAUGGGAAAAGCUAAGACGCAAGACAUACAACGCAGACUUUUCCGCCACCUUUUCCGCGGAUUCAAAAUUCAUUGCUGUAUGCUCCCAAGACGACUUCAGCCUUUGGACGGUAAGUGGGCGAAGAAUGUUUCGGGAUUCAUGUUUUCGGGACGGUCCUUUCGCCAUAUCAGCGGAUUGCAAUACGGUAGUUUACGUCGACAAGGAUCCAGAACUAGGCCUGCCAUGGAAAAGGAUAAAGGUAUUAUCAAUCGAAACAAAUGAGCUUGCCUGCUUGAAGUCAUCGACUUGCGGUUUCUCCGCCCUAGCCAUUUCUCCCGACUCAAUGCACAUAGCUUCGUUCGAAAUCAGUGAAGGGUCGUCUACCUAUUCUAGAUCGAUUUGGUCCCGAGUUAGAAGAAAAGUCUUUCAUCACAAACGUCUUUCUAACGAUACAACAUAUCCUUCGGCGAUGGAGUUCUCUUCUGAUUCGAGGAAACUAGCGAUAGCGACCGUAGGCGGCGGUUCUGUGGAAAUAUGGUUCGUUUCCACAGGACAGUGCAUCUACAGAUCGCGAGUACCAUUCUCGGUGCCUGUGAUUUCAUUCUCCCGAGAACUCUCGUUUCUCUAUACAAGAUUUGGAAAACUUAAGAUCGGAAAACAAAACAUCCCGCAGCAAAGGAACCACCAGCCUAGCAGCUCUGCAUCAGGUCGUUCGGCUUCUAAAGACAUAUCCAGCAAGUGCCAAAAUUUGAGCUGGAGCGGGUAUGGAUUUGAUAAAGAAAGAUGUUGGAUUACUUGGAACGGAGCUAACACCAUUUUACUACCUGCCGAGUUGAGUGUCGGGCGAUACCGACGCUCGGAAUAUCCCCUUGUGGCUGUAGGAGAUACAUUUGUUAGCUGGAUCACUGAGUCUGGUACGCUUUGUAUGAUCGGGUUUUCGCCAAAGACAGUACCUCCGAUUUAA